AUGGCUGUCCUCAAGCUCAAGGUUCUCGCCAGCAUCCUGGCCAUCUGCGCUCCCCUCGUCGCCGGAACUUCCCCCGAUGGCGAGAGUGUCCCUUGUCCGACUGCUCAGACCACCACCGCUGCUCCCUACACCUACGAGUACGGGGUUGGAACUACUGAUGGUACUGUCAUCCACACCCUGAACAUCUGCACCACCACCCAGGAGGUCCAGUGUAUCACCACUACCUCCUUCGGUGGGCAGUCCCUUACCUUCGCCACUAUCGUUCCCUCCGUCCCCGUCGGAGGAGGCCAGUCUUCUGCUGCCGGCGAACAUACCUCCUACCACGGCCAGGGCAUGUCUUCUCUCACUGAGGUUGUCCCUGCUCCCUCUGGAACCAACGUCGUCCCCAGCGUCGUCCCUGGUGUUCCCAGCGCUCCCAGUGCUCCCGGUGUCCCUGACGUCUCGGGUGGUGCCUCUCAGCCUGGUUACUCUCCCCCUGCUGGUGCCUCUACCGGCGGACAGGUCCCCGUUCCUGUCCCUUCCAACGGCGAGGGUACUGCUCCUCUCCCUCUUCCUUCUGCUGUCAGCAACACCGGCAUGUCUGGCGUCCCUACUGGCCUGACCACCGCUGUCGUCACCGACACUGCUGUUGUCACUGACUCCGAGACCGGCUACGACACUGCCGUCUCUGGCUCUGGCACUGCCACUGACGUCUACCCUUCCUCCGCUGGAGAGACUGGUGAGGACACUCCCACUGGUACCCCUACCGCCAGUGGUGCCUCCAAGAUGCUUGCACCUGGUGCCGCUCUUGGCCUCGCUGUCAUGCUUGUAGCUCUCGUCUUUUAA